CUCUUCCGGGUAACUGUGCGGCGCAGCCUCGGUGCCCUGCUGCGACGCCCGCGAGCCGCGAAGCCGAGCGCACGGUGGCCAAGCCCGUUUGCUAAGGGACGCGACGGAGCCAGCGGCCCGCGGAUACGCAGCGCAGAGCCGACGCCCGAUUGAAAAUCUGCUUUGCUCUGUGGUCACUUAAUUCUUUGGAAGCCUUUUCCUGGGUAUCGGAAUGAUUUUCACAGAUUUUCAAGUCUGGGUUUAGUCACCCCAACAGAAAGAGAGCUCUUCCCUAUUGGUUCCAGCAGGCACCCCAAGCUGACUCUCAUUGGCCAGGUAUGGGCUGCAUGCUCAUGCCUGGAACUGCUGAUGAAAUGGGAGGAGUUCCCUCACUGACCAGGGCUGCCCUCUUCUCUGGAGCAGAGAUCUUGUUCCUCUUCCUUCCAUCAUCAUCUUCUUAAUUAUAAAUCAUGAGGGAUGAAGACAAAGCAGUUGAAUGUGAAGAUUCAGAACCAACCACAGGGAUGAAUCACACAGCCUCUGUGCAUCAAGAAACACAGAUGUGCAAGGAUAAGCGGACGGGCCCAGAAGCCCCCGGAACGGCACUGUUCACCUUUGCUGACCAAACCGCUCUGCGCGUCGGCGCCACCGCUGCAGCGUCCCUGUGGACUCACCGCCGACAAACGCACCGCACCAUCUGGGGAUUGCCUUUACCAACAGGACUAAGAGAUUACGUGGAGGAAUAUAAAUUCCAGGUGGAGCUUGAAAAGAUAAUUGCAGUUGCCUGGAAUGUGCUUCAGCCCCUUCUUUUUGGACUGAUUGGAGCAGAGGUAUCUAUUACAUCUCUCAGACCAGAAACUGUUGGGCUAACAUCUGAUCCGUACAUGUCACUAUGCUGAGACAGCUGUAGACUGCCGGUGCCUAUUCUGAUUGGUCAGUGCCCAGCCAGCUCCGUCUGAUUGGCUGAUUCCUUCCAUAUUGGCUGAUAAAUAUUUUGAAUAUCACCUCUAUACUCUGUAAAUAAUUCUCAACUACUUUGAUGAAAAUAUUAUUUUUCCCUCUUCCAUGCCCUCAGUUUUAUACUCUAUACUUACCAUAUAGAAUAUGAAUUAGUUGUUUUUAUUUGUCUUCCUCUGACUUUGAGGCCCACUGAAGCAAAGUCUGUACAUUAUACAUUUUUGUGUACCCAGUACCUAGUUUAAAGCUUGUUAUAUAUCGUAUUAUUUAAUCAAUUCUUAUUAAGUAAACACAUGAUAUCAUAAGAGAUAUAUAAUAUUCAAAUCUGCUAUAUAAGAAUUCAAAUAUGUUUAAUUGAUUUCUCCAUUUAAGCUAGGGGAAAUAUUUUAAACUAAUGGUGUGAUUAGAUUGUUUUGAUAAAUUAUGCCUAACCAUUUUAUAUUUUAAAUUUUUUAAUGUUUUUAAAAUUAUUUCUGUUGAUAGGAUUUUGAAUUAGUAACCGUGAGAUGCAGUUUCUCCCUUAGUAUUUCAUUAUUUCUAAAAACUGAGUAUUUC